GUAAGCCCAAAUACAACUUUUCGGAACGGAUUUACGAAUAUUAGCGCAAAAAAAACAUAGGAAACGAUUUAUUAUUUGUUUUCUUGAAUGCGUGUGUAUACUGUAAAAGUGACAUAAACUAUUAAAUAAACUUGAGAACUAUUAGCAUUUAAUAAGAUACAAUGAGCAUCAGUAUGUCUACCAUGGACGAAAUAGAAGAGGAAGCAAAAGCAGCAGCAGAAAAAAUGGUUAUAAAUAUGAUGCAGAGACCAGGUCAACUAGAAAAGGUUGAACAGUACAAGAAAAGGAUUACUCAUAAGAAGGCCUCCAUUGAGGCUCAGCUGAAGUCUGCGGUACAGGGCAAGCUAGAUGGAGUCAGUGUGGGGUUGAAACAGCUUCAGGAGUGCCUUGAUGAUGUGCAACAAAUCGGUCUCAAGAUGGAUGAAUUAGAGGAGCUUCUAAAAGGCGUGCCUCCACUAGUCGCGUCACUACAAGCUGUAAGAGAAGAGGACUCGCGACACUCGCAGUACGUGACGGCCAUGGACAGCCUGAAGCAUAUAUUUACAGUGCCGGAUAGUGUUGCUAAGACCAUGCAGUGGAUCGGGGAAGGGAAGUUGCUGCAUGCGCAUCAGUGUCUCAACGAUCUAGAGAAUUCACGGGACGAUCUCCUCUACGAGCUGCACCGGCUACCGAACCAGUCCUCACACGACAAGAUCAUGCUCAAGGCUUACUUCGAGGAUGUGGAGAUGGUGUCCAACUCGCUGGAGAAGCAGAUCAAGCUGAUACUAGCCCGGACCCUGAAUACGGUGCGCAAGGAGCCCACGGUUAUAGUCACUGCGCUCAGGAUUAUUGAGAGGGAGGAGAAGAGGGACCAGAUGGCGCUCGAGCAACAAAGCCAAACGGGGUUCAUGCCGCCCGGCCGCCCUAAGAACUGGCGCACCAUCGCCUUCGAGGAGCUCGAGCGCGCCGUCGCGCAGCGCACCGAGGGCACGCGCGUCGACGAGCGGGAGGACAACAAACUGUGGCUUGUUAAAUACUUGGAACUAACGAGGCAGUUGAUUCUGGAGGAUUUGAGGGUGGUUAAGACGCUCUGUGUGCCGUGUUUUCCGCCGCAUUAUGAUAUUGUGAAUAAAUACGUCAACAUGUAUCAUACCUGCCUCUCUUCAAGCCUCCAAGGCGUAGUCGACAGCGGUCUAGAAGGCAACGAAUACGUGACGCUACUGUCCUGGGUGUUGAACACGUACCCGGGCACCGAGCUGAUGGGCAGCCCGGAGCUCAACAUCGACGUCUCCACGCUGCCGCCGCUGCUCAGUGAGGAGAGCUUGCAGGACUUGUGCGACGAGUAUCUGCAGAAAAUGGAGAGCAACUACAUGGAAUGGAUGGAGAAGACUCUCGAGUCAGAGAGAGCCGAAUGGAACGGAGACCGCGCUCCCGAAGUAGAGCCACAUUCCAACGCGUACCAUACACACGCGCCGGUCAUCAUAUUUCAAAUGAUCGACCAAAAUCUGCAGGUUACUCAAACGAUAAGUAAGGAGAUCACCUUCAAAGCAUUGAUGCUCAGUAUCGAGCAAGUGACGCGCUAUGGCAACAUGUACAGAGAAGGUGUACUUCAGUUCAAGAAUAGCCACUUCUCCGACCGCUCCAGGUGCGCGUACUUCACCCACCACAUGAUCACAAUAGUCAACAACAGCGAACAAAUGGUCCGCCUCGCGCAACAAACGCAAGCCAGGCACUGGCCCCCGGGCCGGCACGAUGCACCCGCCGAGCGCAAGUUCGAUACCCUGCUAGAUACAUUCCAGAAACUAAGAGACGAAGCCGCUCGGUUCCUCCUCGACGAGGCAUUCCUGGACCUCGAAGUCCACUUCGACGACCUGUUCACAUCAAAAUGGCUGCCGUCUUCCAUCCCGGUCGACACCAUUUGCGUCACUUUGGAAGACUACUUCCAGGACUAUAACCAUUUGAGGGAGAAAAACUUCGAAUAUGUGAUAAAUGAAGCGCAGAAUUUGGUGUAUAAGAAGUAUAUAACCGCCAUGUUGUCCAAGAAGGUGAGUUUCAAAACUGUCGAAGAAGCGCAGCAAGCAGCUACAAAGAUCGUAAAGGAGGCCAACCAAAUACGGUCCUUCUUCCGGAGAAUAGGCGCCGAGGGCGUCAACGUGGACUGGCCUUUUGAGGUCAUCAGCUCUUUGGCUGAGGUCCUCCGUUGCCAAGACAUCGAGAUGCUCUCGCUGGACCUGCACGGCGUGCUGGACAAGUGCCCCAACAUGUCGGAGGAGCAGCUGGUGCGGCUGCUGGCGCUGCGCGGCGACGUGCCGCGCGCGCACGUGCGCGACACCGCGGCGCACGUGCUCGGCACCCGCGCCAAGCCGCGCGCCACCACCAUGCACGACUUCUUUAAGGAUAUCACGUUUAGCGAUAGGCUGUUGGAGCGGUUCACUUUGUAACGCGGCCCGAUGUUAUACUCGGACUAGACAUAACACAUAUGUGCCUAUAAGAUGAAGUGCACAAAAAGAAUACGAUUGCGAUGUGCCUACAAGAUGAAGUGCACAAAAAUGAC